AUGGACUCUGGAAGGAGAAAUACUCAUCAGUUCAGUUUCAUGCGUCUUGAAUUGAAAGAGCUAAGGAAGCCAGAAGCUUUGGAGGCUUGUCCUCCUGAUUUCAAAAAUCGGUAUGGAAAACUUUUGAUUAUGGUGAAUAUUGAUCUAGAAGAUGGAGUUUUGAACACCUUGAUCCAGUUCUAUGAUUCAGCCGGUUUAAAGGAUAUUCCUAAGUCUCAUGUCAUUGGAGAGACUGUGCAUUUGAUAAAAAGGGAGAUUGAUGCUAAUCUUGUGACUAAAGGAGAUAUUAUUGGUCUACCUGCUAAGUUCUUGAUGGAGAAGGUUGCUGCUCUUGCUAGUGUUAGGAAUACCUACUAUUCUAUCCAUCACAAAAUAGAGAAGAAAAAAGGAACAAUCAUGUGUUGUGCACCUUUAUUGUACAAGUGGUUUAUUUCACACUUGUCACAAUUCAACUUAUUCAAGGAUAACAAGAAGUGUUUAAGGUGGUCUCAGAGGAUCAUGCCUCUCACCAAUGCAAAUUUGACUUGGUAUUCUAGAGUUUUUGAUGACCUGAAGAUUAUUGACAGUUAUGGUGAGUGCCCUAAUGUACCUCUUCUUGGUACAAAAGAAGGUAUCAAUUACAAUUCGAUCUUGGCUCGACAUUGGCUUAGGUAUGGUUUAAAGGAUAAAUCAAGCAAUCUUCUUGUGGAAGGGUUCAUCAUUCAAGAAGGUAUUGAUAGCAAGGGGUUAAAGGAGAAGAUAGUCAACACUUGGCGUAAGAUUCACAGAAAAGGAAAGGAUGAAUUAGGAAACAAAUAUUAUGUUUCCUUGGAGCCUUACACUCAGUGGAUGCAAGCAAGAGCUGCUAAGAUCAAGAUGCCUUAUCCUCCUUAA